AGCUCGUCAACCACCUCUGUUGCUUGCUAGCCAACAAAGCCGAACGAUUCAAGCUAUUUAUACGCUUUUGGUGGAUAUUAGCUACUAUGUUUUAGACACACUUCUGUUGUAUUUACUUGUUAACCUAUUUAAUGUAAUAUUACGUUAUUUUGUAUUAGUCAGCUAUAGCAGCUGGCUGGUUAAGUUAGUACUAGUCUUGUCGCUAAUGAUAAACAUCACCGACCAUGAGCUCCCUAAACUACUCCCCUCCUGUUAAAGUACAGGAGGUCUGCUGGACGGAGAAAGAAGCUCUGGGGCUGAACAUUGUUGUGAAAGAGGAGAAGGAAGAAGAGGAUGUUACAGUAAAAGAAGAAGAGAAAGACGUUUUUGGAAUGAAGGAUGAAGAGGGGGAGAUUACUGUCACAUUAGAGGAUGAUGAAGAAGAGAAGACUGGAGAACUGAUUAACACCAGUAAAUACAGAGAGAGACAGGACUAUCGUGGAUCCUCUGGGGAUCCUCAACAACAUCAUGAUGCUGACGAGGCAGAGAAGAGUCUCUCCAGAUCAGAACACCCCAAGAAACACCUGCAGAGACCCACAGGGAAGAAAUCUCACCACUGCUCUGACUGUGGGAAGAGUUAUUCAAGAUCAGAUUCACUUAAACUACAUAAGAGAAUACACCAGCGAAUACACACAGGAGAGAAACCUCACCACUGUUUUGACUGUGGGAAGAGUUACUUAAAAUCAGAUUCACUUAAACUACACCUGAGAAUACACACUGGAGAGAAUCUUCACUGCUGCUCAGACUGUGGGAAGAGAUUCACCUCUUCAGUAGACCUUAAAAUACAUCAGAGAAUUCACACUGGAGAGAAACCUUUUGGCUGUGAUCAAUGUGGGAAGAGUUUUACUAAGCCAAGUAACUUGAAAUCACACCAGCGAAUACACACUGGAGAGAAACCUUAUGGCUGUGAUCAAUGUGGGAAGAGUUUUACUCAGUCAAGCGGCCUGAUAUCACACCAGAUAACACACACAGGAGAGAAACCAUACAGCUGUACUCAAUGUGGGAAGAGUUUUGCUACAUCUGGCUAUCUGAAAAUACACCAGAGAAUACACACAGGAGAGAAACCUUUUAGAUGUGAUCAAUGUGGGAAGAGUUUUGCUACAUCUGGCUAUCUGAAAAUACACCAGAGAAUACAUACAGGAGAGAAACCUUAUAGCUGUAAUCUAUGUGGGAAGAGUUUUACUCAGUCAAGCAGCCUGAAAUCACACCAAAGAAUACACAGGAGAGAAAUCCCAUAGCUGUAAUCAAUGUGGGAAGAGUUUUACUCAGUCAAACAGCCUGAUAUCACACCAGCGGACACACACAUGAGAGAAACCUUAUGGCUAUGAUCAAUGUGACAAGAGAUACUCUGAUAAAAUAUAUCUAAUCAAACAUCAGAAAAUACAUACAUGACGGAGUUGUUUCACGAUAUCAAUGAAAUAUUGUCACAAUGUAGAAUGUUUUAACAUUGUAGUCUGAGUAUUUGAAUGAAUUUCACAAUGUAGCACCCUAAAUGUUUGCCCCCUGUUCAUUUGAUUUUAGCAUGAUAUGGAUUUUAGCCAAAUCCUGGCUCUGAAUUGAAAGAGUAUUAUUUAUGUGAUUUAACAAAAAUGUGCUAACAAAAAAAAAAGAGUUGUGUUACACUUACCACGUUGGUGACCCUCUUGAAUCAAAAUGCAACACUUCAAAAUGUAGCCAUCUGUUUACAUCUAUUACUAUUUAUGUAAAUUAACAAAAAGUGACGAACAAAAAAAGAGCAGGUGUGAUGUUGUUUCUAUGAUGUUGUCGUGUUUUGUUUAUAAAAUAAAAUACAAAUAUUUUA